AUGUUGCUGAAUAAAAUAGGGUUAAUUUUUAGUGCAUUUGCGAUUGCAAUUGCAGCCACUGCUUUUGCUCAGCCUUUGGUUAAAGAAGUAAUGGGAAAUACAGAGGGUAUUCAGGGUGAAAAACAGGGUACAACUAUUACACCAAUCGCUCUCAAUAAUACCGCCACCAAUACCACAACAACGCCUCCACGGGAACUAUCGAUAGCGGAGAUAGUGAGAAAUAUCGAUCUGAAUAACAACUACACGCAGGCGUUGAGCGAACUUGAGGAUAUUAGCGCGUCUGGAGAUGUUAGAGUGAUGAAUAGCCUACUGGAGCAGCUGAAUAGCGUAAUUGAAAGUGCUAGUGGCGAAUUGAGCAGAUUCAACAUGAAGAACACUACAAUUUUCAAUUACAGUGAGAUCAAUAACCUCAUCAGAUACACUGAACAGAAGACAAAGAAGAUUGUUGUGCCGGUCGUUGAUAAAAAGCUUGGACAGAAGCUAGAUACACACGAUAAGCAGCAACUGCACCAUCUAUACGACCAAGUCUGUGAUCUGGGCGAUGAACUCAGAACAAGCCUGCCUUCUUUGGUUUAUCAGCAAAUCACGAUCCUUGGUUAA